AUGGAUGAUAUGAUCCGUGUCCGCAAGGCAGGCCCAGAGGAUGCUGACGCCGUCACCAAGGUCCUGAUAACGGCCAUGCCUCAAGACCGCGGGUGGUAUGACUAUCGAUUCCCCUACCGCGAGGAUCAUCCCGACGAUCACUCGAAGUUCUCGGGCAUCCUCGUCAAGACGUGGAUCUCGCCCGAGUUCGACGACUUGGUGGUCCUAGUGGCCGAGUGCUGGGACGCCUCGGCCGGGCGCUGGGAGGUGGCUUCGUUUGCGGUUUGGGACUUGACUUACCUGAACAUCAGGAAGUUCGGUGUCGGAUACAAACCGGCAAGUGCCGCAGACAUCCUCGCCCAAGCUGGCGCGGGGACCCGAAGGGAUGCGAACCCGUCACACGCGAGGGAACACUUCCGUGCGUACUACGAGGGGCGCACGGCUUUUCUGGACUCUCGCUUCGGGACAGAGCAAAUGCACCUGCAGGCAUUGGGGACGCACCCUUCAUACCUGCGGAGGGGCUUGGCCAGGAGAUUGUGUCAGUGGGGGAUGGACCAGGCUGCGAGGGAUGGCGCGGUGGUCACACUUGUGGCGAGCCCAAUGGGACGGAAUGUCUAUCCUCGACUUGGAUUUGAGGAACUCGGGAUCAUCACGGUACAGGUAGAGGGGGAAGAGGAGAAGACGGAACUAACUGCCAUGGCCUGGGAUCCGAAGAAGCACUCCUAG